CAUGUCAGAUUUUGCUGUUGAAUUUUAGCCCCUGUCAUAACACUGCACAGAACAUCUCCGUCUGCACUUCUAGUUGCCUGGCAACUGUGCCGUCUCAACAGGACCUCCAGAUGUCACUGCAUCCAGCUGUUUCUCAUCAAUUGGCUUUAACACCAUCGCUUGUUAUUUUUACACUUUUCUUUGUUUACAAAAACCACAACUUUGUACACAAUGUCUCCCCAGGCUAAUAAUGUCAAACUAUUAAAUCACCUCUCAGGUUUUGGUGUUCUCCUUUGUCUCAAAACUCCUUUUUUAGGUUUUUUUGUUGAUUUUCCUAAAAUAAAUAGAUCUUGAGUUUGUCCAUUCAGAUUUUAUAGAAAAAGAUGAUUUGCAUUCUUGCAGAGAUCAAAGUUUGUCUUUUUUAUGUAGCUUUUCUUUGUGAUUAAAACACAACCACACAUGCAGGACACAUGUGGUUGCUUAUUGGUGACAUACAUUUUCCCUUCAAACUGUUUCUGCAUAAAACAAGAGCAAAAAAAUAAAUAAAAAUUCCCAAUAACCCCCCACAUUUCAAACAUCUGUUUUUCCCAUCCACAACAUGUCAUGCAACUCUAUUGUUCUCUGAAAUCUCAAUGAAUCAUUUUACUGAAUAAUUUAGGUUAUCAAGAGUACUUUGCACAACACCUUUUUCCCUUGUUUAUUUUCCAGAUACGAUGAAGUGGCUUCUUGGCGUCCUUCCUCUUUUGCAUUCCGAGAGAGAGGGGGGGCGUAGCUCAAGCUAAAGGAAGUCUGGCCGGAGAAAGAGUGUGAUGAGUAUCUGGGCUGGUGUGGCGGAGAGCGCAGCACAGAGAAAUGAGGGGAAAGAGGUCGGCAAAACUGCAGAGAGGCUGUUGCUGUGUGUGGCUUUAGCUGGUGAUGACACUUUCCAAAUUUACGCCACUUCGUCAUGUGAUGAUCGAGUUUUUGAGACGGUUCAUCUAAGAACAGGACUGGUUUGAAUAGAGUGACAAUCAUCCUGGUCCUGCAAAACGCUAGAUGGAGAAAGAAGACUUCCUGAACUCGUCAUCUUCCUGAGUCUGAUUGAUCCUAAACUUCAAACCAUCUGAGCACCAUGAACAACUCCAACAGCAGCGUUCCACUCUGCUACUCCAACACCAGCUCUCCGUACAUUUAUGACCCAAAGAUUGGCAAGGUCCACUUCUCGGCCACCUUCAGCGCUUUGGGUCUCACCUCUAACCUAAUCGCCUUCAUCGUCCUCAUCAAAUCAUGCCAGAGGACCCAGAGCCGCUCACGCUCGUUCUUCCUCAUCUUCCUUGGUGGUCUUGUCGUCACAGACUUUAUGGGUCUUCUGGUAACCGGCUCCGUUGUCAUCUCCUUCUACGUUAACCAUAUUGACUGGCGUCAGUCAGACCUGGGCUGCCACUUCUGCAACUUCAUGGGUAUUUCAAUGAUUUUUUAUGGACUGUGCCCUCUGCUUCUUGGCACCUCCAUGGCUGUGGAGAGGUUCAUUGGAAUCAACCAUCCAUUUGCACGGUCCACCAAAACUGCCAAAGGACGGACCGUCUCCAUGGUGCUGAUGGUGUGGUUUUUCGCCGGCUGCAUUUCCCUGCUCCCUCUAACAGGCUUUGGAAGCUACCACAUUCAGACGCCCGGCUCCUGGUGCUUUCUGAACAUCAGCUCAAAGACAAACGAUUGGGCCUUUGCCCUGCUCUUCUCUAUAGUUGGACUGACGAGCAUCGCUCUGUCCUUUUUGCUGAACACGGUGAGUGUGGUGACCCUGUUCAGAGUUUGCUGCGGACCGGACAGAACUCAGAGACGACGAGACCAUGAAGUUGAAAUGAUGCUUCAACUUAUCCUGAUUAUGGUCAUCGCCACCAUCUGCUGGUGCCCCCUGCUGGUCUUCAUUGCUCAAACUGCUCUUUCUAAGAAGUCCACUGAGCCCAGAUACCUCCUCCUCUGGAUCCGCUUCGCCACCUGCAACCAGAUCCUGGAUCCGUGGGUUUACAUCCUCUUUCGAAGGGCGGUUCUGCGGAGAUUACGCCCUCGCGUCAACUGGUCCAGCAACUCUGUGAUGAACUUAUACCCAUCUUUCCAAGGGACCAUUCGCAGGUUCACUCAGCCUUCAGUCCAGAACCACCUGGUCACCGAGGAAAAGGUGGAGUCAAACGAGACGCCUGCAGCUACCAGACUACCAACAGCUUCUAAUAAGUGAAUAUUUGUAUUUAAGUGGAUUAAUUUCUUCUGAUUAAGGGUAACUGUUCAAUUGUAUUUAGCUUUCACUAUUUAAAACAAAAUAUAAAUCCAGAGUAUAGGUUAGAUUGUAUCAAAGGAACUAGACUAUGCCUACAUAGCAAGAAUAUUUCUCAAUCACUGUUUUCUUCCCUUUGGUGAACUUCAUUAAAGGAAACUGGACGGCCAUCACUAACAUGGCAGUGAAAAUGGACAAAUGCACUGAAAGCACUGUUUGCAGUUUCAUCAAACUGAAUAUUUUUGGUUUGUUUAAUUUUUUUUUCUUUUGGUGAUUUUGCAAAUUUUAGAAAUAGGAAUGUUUACCAUAAUAUAAUAAUGUUCUUUAUUUUUAUUAGAAGUUUGUGUUAUUAAAAUGUGUCAUAUUCUAUAAGUCAAACAAGAAUUUUGUCAUUUUUUUUUUCUUGCUGCUAAGAUAACAUUUUUUCUAAAGUGUUUUUUUAAAU